GGCUGCUGGGCUUUCAGCGCUGGUGCUGUUCGUCAAAGCUCAAACUCGACUCAUCUCCAUCAGAGCCCGGGUGGCCGGCCAGUGUCAGUUCCGUCGGGCCGGGCAUUACUGAGGGGUCACAGGGGUAUCUUUGUGGCGGUUAUCUAUAAUUCUACGUCUCCGCAAGGCCUGCUCCAAGCCAUCAACAUCACCACUCACCCCCAAGUUUCUUUGCCCAACCCGCCCAAGAUGCCCCUCACAACGCCCUCGGUGUACCCGCCUCCGUCCGAGGACCUGCGAAAGUUUGCCAGUCGGAGGAGCGUCGUGCACAGCACCAAGGGCAUCGUGGCGUGCACGCAGCCCCUGGCGGCAAAAUGCGGCAUCGAUAUCCUGAACGCCGGAGGAAACGCGGCUGACGCCGCCGUCGCAGUUGCGGCCGGCAUGAACAUGACGGAGCCGUGCUCGACCGGCAUCGGCGGCGACAUGUUCUGCCUCUACUACGACGCCGCCUCGGGCAAGGUCUCGGCCCUCAACGGGUCCGGCCGCGCCGGGGCCAAGUGCACGCUCGAGGCCGUGCGCGCGUCGCUCGGCCUGCCCGAGGGCGGCAGGUCGGGCGACAUCCCCUCGUCCAGCCCCCACUCCGCCACCGUGCCGGGCGCCGCCGCCGGCUGGGCCGACACGGUGGAGCGGUUCGGGAGCGGCAAGCUGACGCUGGCCCAGAUUCUCGCCCCGGCCGUCGAGCUAGGGGAGAAGGGGUUCCCCGUGUCCGAGAUCACGGCGAAUGCUUGGGGGGAAUCCGAAAAGCGCCUCCGUAAAGCAUCCCCAAACUUCGCCGAGAUGCUCAAGGCGGACCCCAGCGCCCCGGACGGCGUCAGGGCCCCGAGGCCGGGCGACGUCAUCAAGCUGCCCCACCUGGCCCGCACCUUCCGCACCCUGGGCGAGGAGGGCAAGAAGGGCUUCUACACGGGCCGGAUAGCCGAGGAGGUCGUCAAGGUCCUGAAGGACCAGGGCGGCCUCCUCGAGCUCGACGACCUCAAGCACCACCUCGACGUGGGCAGCGAGCCCGUCGAGCCCAUCUCCAUCAAGUUCGCCGCCCAGGGCGCCGCCGCCGUCUCCCCUGCCGCCGCGGGCGACAAGGGCGAGGCCGGCCUCGAGGUGUGGGAGCACCCGCCCAACGGGCAGGGCAUCGUGGCGCUGAUGGCGCUCGGCAUCGUCCAGGAGCUGGAGCGCGCGGGGCGGAUCCCGACCUUCAAGCCGUCGGACCACAACACGGCGGCGUACCUGCACGUCGUCAUCGAGGCGCUGCGCAUCGCCUUCGCCGACGCGUCGUGGUUCGUCGCGGACCCCAACGUCGUCAAGGUGCCGAGCGCGGGGCUCUUGUCGAGCGCCUACCUGGCCGAGCGCGCUAGGCUGUUCGACCCGGCCCGGGCGUCGACGGAGCAGCUCCACGGCGACCCGGCCAAGCACGAUUUCCCGUCGCCGGCCCUCCGGAGCAGCGACACCGUCUACUUUGCCGUGUCGGACGCGCAGGGCAACGCCAUCUCCUUCAUAAACUCAAACUACAGCGGCUUCGGCACGCACAUGGUGCCCAAAGGCUGCGGCUUCACGCUGCAGAACCGGGGGUCCAACUUCAGCCUGGACCGGGACCACCCCAACGUGCUGGCGGGCCGCAAGCGCCCCUACCACACCAUCAUCCCGGGCCUGGUGACCAACUCGGCCGACGGGAGCCUGCACUCCGUCUUCGGCGUCAUGGGCGGCUUCAUGCAGCCGCAGGGCCACGUGCAGACGCUGCUGGGCCAGGUCGUCGGGGGGCUGAGCCCGCAGCAGGCCCUGGACGCGCCGCGCAUCUGCAUCGGGGCCGGCAUGCCCGACGAGGAGACGGGCAAGCUGGGCGACGACGUCGUCUAUGUCGAGGAGGGCAUGCCGCAAGAGACGGUCGACGGCCUCAGGAAGCUCGGCCACAACAUCGAGGUCACCAGGGACAUUGGCAAGUUCGGGCGCGGCCAGAUCAUCAGGUACACUCUCGACCCGGUCGACAAGACGGGCUUGUGGUCUGCCGGCAGCGACCCGCGCGGAGACGGCGCGGCGUACCCCGCGUGAUUUAAAAGCCUAGUUGUGGCGGUGGGCAAGUUCCAAACAGAAGCAAAUACACCUUGAGAAAAAGUGCAUAAACUCGGCCGUACUAUUCACAAGUAUAGGGGUAUCGAAAAGUCGUACUUUGCUUCACUCCAUCACUCGUCUGACGCCGGAAGGGACAUGUUCUGCCAAGUGUGAUAGUGCCCUCUGAGCAGGCUCGGUGAACCCAUGGCUGCAUGGGUGAUCUCAUAUCCAGCUUCCUGGUUUCGUGUUUCCAUGACAGGCAACGAAUCUCGAUGGCGCUAUUGUACAGAAUUAGUCUAACCUGUCCGGGAGAAAAGAUUGUCGUACAUUCGUAGCCCGCUACUCUGGCCUCCUUUGGUAUUA